UGUAAUCGAGUGCCGAAAUAUGGACUGCCUGGCCUCGAUCGCCUACACCGAAUUGGAGGAGGGCGAGCUGCUCGGAGCGCAGGAAGAGGUGGAAUACGGCUGGUACCUGCGUGAUUGGGAGGAGAUCUACUACCCGAAAGUCAACGAGGAGCAACGGUGGAUUGGCAGUUUAUGUGACAUUCCCCCUGCAACGGUGACAAUUCGUCGAGACGCCGACAAUCGUCCCCAAGUCAUGGUCCCAUUCCAGCGGCAACUCGUCUCGUUGUUG